UUUAUGAACUUACCAUGUUUCACAAAAUAGCUAGCUGGUAUUGUUGAUGUAAACGGGUUCGGGGUGAAAUCAUGUCAAAGCGCAGAGUUUGCGCAUGGUCAGACUCGACUCAAUGAUAUAUGCCAUACAAAGUGUUUUAAGAGUUUGUGCAUGGUUAGACUCAGAAUUAAUCACCUAUAAUGUAUAUAGGGCUCUCGGUUGAGUCGAGAUAAUAUAAAUUACUCUGGGUUGGAUUUGGAUGUGAGGAUGGUUAUAGGUUACUUGCAAGAUGUUGUAGAUUUCAUUCAUAGGCAAGAUGUUUAUUUUUCAUUGAUGGUUAUAGGUUACUUGCAAGAUGUUGUAGAUUUCAUUCAUAGGCAAGAUGUUUAUUUUUCAUUGGAUUAUUAUUAUUUAUACAAUAUUAGGGUAGGGGAUGGGUAACAUAAUUUGAAUCCGUGUGAAAUAGUUGUCUAGGAGUUUUAGCCAUUUCUUCUUUACAAUAUGUUGUAGAUAUUAUUUAUAAAUAUCGAGCAGGUUUAAAAAAUUACUAGUAUAAUGGUAAAUUUGCAUUUUAGUCCUAAAAAUCUAGUUUUUUAAAGUAAUUUUCUAGUUUUGCCCUUGAUAAAUAUGUAAACUUUUUGUGUAUAUUAAUUGAUGUGUACACAAGUCAGGUCUUGGUCGAGGUUUUGUCUUUCAACAGAUUCACAAAAUAUGGAACUAUGGUUGUUCAUGGUUAGACUCGGCUCAAUCACUUAUGGCACAAUGCUUCAAUGAAUUCUGUCAAUGGGAAAGAAAAGGAGCUGGUUUAGUUGGGUGAAAAAGAUUUUUGCUUCUAAUGCACAACCAAAAACACAGAAGAAAUCAAGGAGGUGGAGAUGGAUUUUCGGAAAACUAAAGCUCAAGCAAUGCCGCCCUGCAUUACCGGCGAUACCCCAGCAGAAAUCGUUAUGUCAAGCAACCGAGGAUCAAAGAAAGCAUGCUUUGAAUCUUGCCAUUGCGACAGCUGCUGCAGCUGAAGUUGCGGUUGCUGCAGCACGAGCGGCAGCCGAGGUCGUUCGUCUGGCUAAUGCCUCUAACCAUUUCAGUAAUUUCACAACAAAGGAUAGGAACCGAGCUGCUAUUAAGAUCCAAACCGCUUUCCGGGCACAUCUGGCAAGGAAAGCCCUACGGGCACUAAAGGGACUGGUGUUACUCCAAGCUAUUAUCCGUGGCCAAGUCACGAGACGUCGAGCAAUGAAAAAUAUGAAAUGCUUGCAAUCUGGUACGGAGAUGUACCCGGGGAUCAAGGAGAAAGUAAUUUGUCAAGACACCAGGAGAAAUCAGAGCCUCGUACAUAAAGAUCAGUUGCAAGUCAAGGACAUUAUUGAACACGAAUACUAUAGCCGAAGGAACUGGAAUGAUAGUGUGUUCUCUAAAGAAGACGCUGAAGCCGUAUGGUUAAGAAGGCAAGAGGCAAUGGCCAAACGAGAGCGUAUGAAGAAAUACUCGUAUUCUCAUCGGGAGAGAGUGAAUUCGUAUAUGCUCGAUGAAUCCGUGCACGUCAAAGAAACCGGAAGGAACAGCUUCUUGGAAGCAGAAGCAAAUAGUGAGGGAACUAGAAGGGAAAGAAUGAUGAUUUUAAAACACAAUGUAGCUUCGAAUUCGAGCACAUGGGAAGUACACGGUCUGCAGGGAUUGAAUUCGCCGUAUUUGUUUCCAAGGAGAUCGUUUUGUCGUGUGCAGAACCAGAAUCCCGCUGGGAAUGACAGUUCCGUCCCAAGCUCUACGGUUUUUCCUACCUAUAUGGCUGCAACUGAAUCAGCAAAAGCAAAGGUAAGGUCAAUGAGCACACCGAGGCAACGGCUCGGAUUAUCCGAUACAUGCUUCGAUCAUAACAUGCCAUACAAGGGUGGACUUUCUCUUUGGUCUACAUAUAAUGGUGAAACAUUCAAGUAUCAAUGAGAAGAAGAAGUCUCCCUAUGAACAAACUUUCUUUUUGCCUGUAUAUGCAAGAAAUAGAAUAUAGCUUCAUAUUACAA